AUAACUGGACCUUGUGAGCGGUGAACUCACGCUGUACGGUCAGUUGACAGAUUACUAUAGCGUGAGAAGUACGUCUUGACUAUUAAUUUGUUCAUACUCCCGGCAUUCUAGAAGUUUUAUUCAUCUAUUUUUUAAAUUGUUUUAAACCUUGCCGAACGAAAGAGCUAAAGAUGCCGGCCAAGUUAUACAAGCUGAAUGCAAGCCCACCAGCCCGCGCUGCUAUGAUGGCGUGCGAACUUUUUAAAGUACCGGUGGAGAUGGUCAAUGUAGAUUUGAUGAAGGGAGAGAAUCGCACACCGGAGUAUUUAAAGAUGAACCCUCUCCACACAGUUCCCGUGUUUGCUGAUGGGGAUCUUGUAAUUCAUGAAAGCCACGCCAUAUUGAUCUACCUGGCAGAAGUAUAUGGCAAGGAUUCUUCUUUUUAUCCAAAAGAUGUCAAGCAAAGAGCACUCAUCAACCAAAAACUGUUCUUCAAUGAUGGUGUUUUGUUUACAAGGACGCGCAACAUUGCAUACCCAGCAUUUAUGCUCGGUCAAAAAGGAGUGACGGAGCAGCAGCUUAAGGAUUUGGAAGAAUGCUAUGAAUUCUUGGAAGAAAUAUUGUCCCGACAGAAGUACAUAGCUUUGGACCACAUAACUAUUGCCGAUGUGGCCGCUUACGCAACAGUUUCUGUGUUUGAUUACAUACUUCCUUUAAACGCUAAGUACUCCAAACUAUCAGCUUGGCUAAAAGAAAUGGAAAAACAACCUUACGCUGUUAAACAUAAUGCAGAGGGUCUAAAAAUGAUUGGUACUUUUAUUCAUUCUGCUGUUAAUUCCAAGCAAUCAAGCACAGCAAAUUGCGUGGCCCAAACAAAGCCAAUUCCAGAGCCGGCUGAAGGAUUCCGUCGCGACGGUCACGCGGCAUGUGCCGAGAUUGCGUCGACGGCCAACUUCGAGCAUUGUGCGCUGCGUGCGAGCGAAGCUAUCAAAAUGCCGGCCAAGUUAUACAAACUGAAUGCAAGCCCACCAGCCCGCGCAGUUAUGAUGGCGUGUGAAAUUUUCAAAGUACCGGUGGAGAUGGUCAACGUAGAAUUGAUUAAGGGAGAGAAUCGCACACCGGAGUAUUUGAAGAUGAACCCUCUCCACACAGUUCCCGUUUUUGCUGAUGGGGAUCUUGUAAUUCAUGAAAGCCACGCCAUAUUGAUCUACCUGGCAGAAGUAUAUGGCAAGGAUUCUUCUUUUUAUCCAAAAGAUGUCAAGCAAAGAGCACUCAUCAACCAAAAACUGUUCUUCAAUGAUGGUGUUUUGUUUACAAGGAUGCGCAACAUUACGUACCCAGCUUUUGUGCUCGGUCAAAAAGGAGUGACGGAGCAGCAGCUUAAGGAUUUGGAAGAGUGCUAUGAAUUCUUGGAAGAAAUAUUGUCCCGACAGAAGUAUAUAGCUUUGGACCACAUAACUAUUGCCGAUGUGGCCGCUUACGCUACAGUUUCUGUGUUUGAUUACAUACUUCCUUUAAACGCUAAGUACUCCAAACUAUCAGCUUGGCUAAAAGAAAUGGAAAAGCAACCUUAUGCUGUUAAACAUAAUGCAGAGGGUCUAAAAACGCUUGGUACUUUUAUUCAUUCUGCUGUUAAUUUCAAGUAAUACGCAUCCUUAACAACGAACGCUAAGUAAUUACAUGACGUAACUAAUAAAACAUUUUACUUUUU